AUGGUCCGCAUGCGUGAGCCGCAGCGUUUCCCACUGGGUACGCGGGUGGCUAACCCAGUCGAAGGUCGCACGGGGGAGAUCAAAGCGUUCGACCCGGAUACCGGGCUCUACACGCUCGUGUACAGCGACGACCACAAAGAUGUGCUGAAUGCCAGCCAGACGGAGCAAUUCGUCAUCCGCAAGUCGGCCGAAGAGGAGGCGAAGGAGGCAGAGCAGCGUCAGAAGGAGAAGGAAUCGGACCCGAAUCAGUAUUUAGGAGCCACUGUGACGAAGACUUCCACCAGCUACGAGGGCAAGACGCUCACGAGCUCAGGCCAAGUGACACAAUACUUUGCAGACAUUAAGAGGUUCCGGGUGCUCUUCUCUGACGGUCUGUACUCAGAUAUGACACUCGAGGAGGUCAAGCGGAACAUCCAAGAGAAUGACAAGGAAGCAGACCCAAAGCGGAAGAGAUCGGGGGACUCCGACGGAGCGGAGUCAUUGUCAUCGUCCAAAAAGAAGAAGAAAAAGAAUCAUUAUCAUUUUGAAGAGGAGAAGGAGCGACCACUGAACACACAGAAGUUUGACAGUCGCAAGACGGCGUAUACGAUCUGUCGAGAGGUGCUGAAGAUCAUUUUAAGCCAGAAGAAGGUGGCCAAGAACUGCUCGGAGAAGCAAAAAGUGAUUUUCAACAACAAGGAUCUCCAGCCCAAGAAAGCGUUGGAGGCGUUUGUGGAAGCUGAUGGACUGCAAGCGCUCGAGAAGAUGUUGGCGCAUUGGUUUCGUCUCGAGAGUACGCGAUCCGCCUCGUUGUUGGUCAUGAAAGUGCUGGCGAUGCUGCCUGGAGUGAAGGAGGAGCAUCUCCGAAAGACGAACAUUGCGCGCACCUUAAGAGGAAUCGAGAAGCUCAGCCACUCGACGAGUCAUAUCGAGCCGGUGUACGGAGAUCUGGCGCAAUGGAUCAUCAAGAAGUGGGCGAGAACAGCGAUGAAUCGCUCGUUCAAUCGGUCAGCUCGAGACCUGCUUCUUGAGCAGCAAGCACAAAUUAGCCGAGCCGCUACGAAUGGACAAGUGCACGUGUCUUCACGUCCACCGACCAAGUUAACUCCGCUGCAGAAAGAGACGGCGCGUCUGGAAGCUUUGCGAACAGGAACAGAUAAAACUGCAGAGCCAGAACUAGAUCCAGGCGAGGAAGUGGUGGUGUAUCUCCCUCAGUUUAACUCUCUGGGCUCGGAGAAUAUGCGUCGUCCACGAUCUGUUCGCUACUGCUCGCAGUAA